CAAUGUCUUUAACACUUUCAGCGCCAUUUGACAACAGUAUCAUGACUUGCCCUUUUGUAAAACAUAAUUGUACCUAAAGUCGUGAUUCAUUUUUACAGUCAUAUUUUACAGUGAGAAGUUAAAAGUCACUAUUGAAUAUAUCAGUUUAUGGAUGAAUUGAUGCUUUUGAAUUAUAUUGAUUUGCCUCAUUACCAUGAUAUAUCUUUCUUACAAUAUUAUUAAACUUGUGUCAUAUAUUUUGGAAUUUUAUAUGUGAUGCAAUACUAAUAAAGCUUGCUGCAAUACUAAUAAAGUUUGCUGCUAGCUAGCACCCAUUGGAAGUAUCAAUCCAAGUUAUGCACUUUGUCUGUUAAAAUAAUGGGUUAAAUAAUAAUUUUUGUAAUGACAAGCCUUGGCUGGUCCAAAACUGUGUCUGGCAAGCCUUAGCUGGUCCAAAAUUGUGUUUAAACAAGCUUACGUAUUACACACAUUGACCACUUGUUUGCAUUCUUACCGUUUAAACUUUAGUUUCUGUUGUUGAUACAAUAUGGCAAUUGCUUACCAUAGUACAUUUAAUAUUGCAUGCUUACCACAGUAUAUUUGCAAAGGUGGUCACCACACCUUAGUAAAGAAUACAAUAAUAUUGAACAAAACAUUCAUGUAUACAUGGUCUUCCAUUUUGCUAACAUUCAUAUCAAAUAAUCAAAAGGUAGUUGGAUAGGAACAACACAGUCUUGGUAACAUUUCAUUUGUGAGCUUAAUUUGCUAGCUAAGAAUGUGCAAAAACUGUGUUGUAAUUUUUUUUAGAAAUUUUUUAACAGCAAAAAUGUCAUGCAGUGAAGAUGAGACAAAUGUGGCAAGUGUUUUAUCUCAAAUGUCACAAAGUACACAGCCAUUGGAAAAUGUGAAUAAUUCACAGCACAUAGAUAGUUCCGUUAUAGCACAUGAAUGUGAUGUUGAAACGUCUUUAAAUCAAGAAAUGACAACUAUUGGUGUGGAUGAGACACUUACAGCUGCUCCUGUGGCUGGACUGUGCAUUGACAACACAGAACCAAAGUUGCAAACAGCAAUUUCAGAUGUGGUAUCUUCUGUCAAGGUUUACCCUUGUGAAUAUUGUGGUAAAGUAUUCAAUAAAUCUUACAAUCUCAAGACACAUCAUCGUGUCCAUAGUGGUGAGCGUCCAUAUCAAUGUACAGUAUGUGGACAUGGCUUUGCAAACCUUGGUGAUCUCAAACGACAUGACAGAACACAUACUGGUGAAAAACCAUACAUUUGCGAAUUUUGCAGCAAAUCUUUCUCAGAUUUUGGAAGUCACAAGCGACAUCUUCGUUUACACACCGGAUACAAGCCUUUUAAAUGCGAUAAAUGUGACAGGGAAUUUACACGACUCGAUAGCUACAAGAAUCACAUUCGCCUGCACACUGGCAUCAGACCAUACAAAUGCGAGGAAUGCCAGAAAGAAUUCAAUUAUCUUACAACUUAUAAACGUCAUCAAAACAUCCAUAGUGGGGAACGGCCAUAUUCCUGCGACCAGUGUGGAAAAAAAUUCACACGUUUGAUUUAUGUGAAAAAUCAUAAGCAGAACAACUGUGGGAAACAGAGAGGCAAGAAAUCCCAAGCGAAGCCAGAUGAGGGAAUGCUGACCAGUAGUGAUGCAGCUGUAGUAGCGUUAGGAGGUGAUAUAAAGAUCACAGAUGGAUCAAUGAUUGAAAAUAUUUCACGUGAUUUAUCACUUCAAAGUGGAGUGCAACUUAACUUGACCAAAGUCAUAUACACCAACGAUGUUGGAUUGAUUGAAUCCAGUACAUCUCAUACUUUGAUCGUUACAGCGAAUUCCGACAGUGGUCAACAGUUACUGGAGUUGACAGCAGGUGUGGAUGAUAAAACAGCAGUGUCGCCCGUAGUGCAUGCUGGGCAAAGCAAUGCAGGAACAAUAUUUCUAGCACCAUCGAUAACCACACAACAUGAUGAAUUAUUACAACAUGACGCAGUUAUUAGCAUGAACCCCGAUGAACAUGCGCAGAAUGCACCCGUUGUGAAUGUAGGGGUUGGUGAAGACAAUCAAAUUAGUUGCAAAGCAAUUGAGGUAACAGUAGCUAGUGAAAAACAGGCUGAAACCGAAUGCAGUUCAGAUCAGAAUGCAAUGUAUAUUGCCAUUGAUCCCACUCAAGAAGUCAUUAGUAAUGAUUGAGAAGCUGGUUAGUAUUCUUAUUAGAUAGAAACGAACAAUAAACCGUAUCCAUUACUUAUGUAUACAAUACGACAAGUAUAAAUAAAUUAGAUUGAUACUGU